UGAUAACAGGGGUGGCAUGAGGCAGAUGCACACUUUGACGAAUGUCCGGAGCAAUCCUAUGCCUGAUGAAUGCCCCUCUGAUUCCUUGUACACUGGAUGUUUCACCACGGCUCUCGAUGGAGGAGCACACAGAGGACACCAAGAUCUCCACAGAUAUUAACAUCUCCUCUGAAUCUCAAGACAGUUUUGAUGAACGCACAAAAGGAAUUGGUCUACUCAUCAAAGCUGCAGACAAAAAUAUGUCUUUGUUGGAGGCAGUCAACCAGUCCAGCAGUUCAAACAUUUCACUAGCUAGUGUCUCAAGUAGUAAGCCAACUAUGUCUAAAACUAAGGAUCCACCAAAGCCUGCAAACGCAAUUCCUAAAAAUGUUUAUCGGCCAGGUCAGCUCCCUGGCAGGACCAAAACCCAACUUCAAGAGUUCAGAGCAAGCCUGGGUGUUCCAAAUGUUGGUGAAAAGGCAGUGAGCUCAGUUACCGACAAAGUUCUUGCUGUUACGGUAGACCCAAGUCUUAUUCUUGAUUCAGACGCGCCAAAGAAAAGAGGUCGAGGCAGACCCAGAAAGCAUCCUGCUCCUUUCAAGAGGAAAGUUAACAAGUCAUACUCAUACCUGAAGAAAAAGACUAAAAUAUUUCCAGUUCGUGUAGAGAGCAAGGAUAAAGGGGCUGAAAUCGAAGCCCUGGAGAAGAUUGAUUCUUAUUCAAUGGCCUUGGAGAUGGGGUAUUCUGAUCCUCAUAUGAAAAGCAACAGUGACAGUCAGUGUAGCAAAGAUCCUGCAAGUGACCCAGAGGAGGAAGAAGUGUCCAAAAAGACCAUAAGCCCUGUAGAAAAUAUUCAACAAGUGAUUGACUACAUGAUUAAUUGCGGUUGUGCUUGCUUGCUUUCUCUGAGUGUGCAAGAUAUUGCGUUACAUCGCUUCAAACUCACGACAAUGGAGCGGCAACCUCGUGAUUUCUUCAUCAUGGGUCUGUUGUGCAGUUCUGUUGUUUCAUCUACAAAGACCACAACAAAUCAUAUUCGGCAAAGGAACACUUAUCACUAUCGUUUUCGGAAUAUCCGCAUCUGCCAAGUCUGUUUCUUGUUUGUGAACAAUAUUAGAGAAAAAUAUAUGAAAAGGCUGAAAAAGCACUUUCUGGAAAAUGGGCCAGAGUUUCGAACACAUGGCAAUCAAGGCAGGAAACCACACAAUGCAUUACGGACUGACGAUGUCUCAGAUGUGGUGGAUUUUAUCCUCAAGUACGCUGCCAUUCAAGGAGUUCCAGCACCAAGGCCUCCUAAAAAUGCCAAAGCAAGACGUGUUGUUCGACUUCCUUCGACGGACACUUUUACAAGUGUGUAUAAGCAAUACAAAGAGCUCUGCAAUCACACUGGAAAAAAGGAGCUGGGCCUUACUUCAUUUAAGAAAAUUUGGAACAGCCAAGUGGGCCAUGUGAAAGUUUCACAGAAAAAUUCGCCAAAAGACGGUUCUUCUUGUGCACAGGCGUCCAUGUCGGGUAUUCCUGGCAAGGAUGAUGCUCUGAAAAGAGAGACGGCACGAAAGAAGAAGGAAACGGAGAAGGGAGAGAAAAGGCAGCGUAAAGUCAGGGACAUGCCACUGAAAAAAGCACGCCUCAAUCCUCAAAACCAAGAAGACAGUAUGCAACCACCGCAGCCGGUCAGUUUGCCCUUUGAUCUGAAUGCGGUGGACAUGCCCCAAACUCCAAUAAUGUCCUUCAGCAUGUAUUUGAACGAAGGGGCUGGGAAUGUCGAGACUCCGUUCCAGCACAAUAUGCUGAUGCCUCACAGUUCCAUGCCCCAUCCACAUCAUCACGUGCCGCAAGGGGGAAUGCCUCAUCCUCCCCACCCCCACCUCGACAACGGCACUCCCAGCUCGUCGCCACGCCCACACAUGCAGUCCAUGCCGUCUGCCCUGCCCCCUCCCUCCGCUCACCCCCUCACUGCUCAUACCUCAGGACCAGGAAAUUUGCCUCAGAGGAACUUCCCAAUUCCCGGACAACCUUUUCUGCCAUCUUCUCAAGCGGGCCUACACUCACAUCAGUGGUACAUGCAGUGACAAGAGUUUUGACACUGAUGAAAGACUCAGUGUUUGUGUUGUGCACAGAUGUACAUUUAUUGUCUGAUGGAGGAAAGACUUUUGGUCAGUUGUGACGCGAUACGUCUGCUGCUUUAGUAUCUCUGUGUUGGAAAUACUGUAAUAACUCUGCAAUGUGGUGGUACAUAUACUUACUUUAUAAUUUAAUGGCUGAGUGUGUGUCAAAAGUGACUUGUACCUUUCUACACCCAGACAGAUAUUUCUACUGCUGUCAGUGGCGUACUGCUGUCAGUGGCUUCAAUCCUCUGGCGUCAUCUGUAAUUUUUGAAUUAAGAUAUUUUGUUUGUCUGUAGGUUACAGUAGAGUGUCUUGAACUUGUUGUAAUGAAGACAAUAUAAUGUAAUAAUUUUGGUGUUGAAUUUUAAGUUUAAGGUAUUCUUAUGGUUUUUGAGCACUUUGUUUAUGGGAAGGAUGGAAAAGGGUGGUCCUUUUUAUUUUAAAAAAGUUAAAAAUGAAGUCUCUCUGCCUGCUGUGACUUGUACUUUUCUUUUUGUUGAAAAUGCCAAAAAUUUGUUGAUAUCUUAACUGAACAGAUCUGGGCGCAUGCCUCACCUCAAUGCACUUAACUUUAACCUUUCCGUAUUCUGAAAGUACACCCCAUUAGCAGUGGUGUAUUUCUGACUGGUGUUCCUUGGGUGGUCAGACGAUUUGGAAAUCGGCGACUAGAAUCUCUAUCAAGAUUUUUUUUUUCUGUGGUCCUUUUUUUCUAAAAUUUUCAAGACAGACAUAUGGUAUAUAUGUUUUGUUAGUGUUCAAAGUUCACCAUUGACAAAAAGGUGGAGGUUGUGGCAUUUAGUGCUCCCAUAGUUGGUCUGCAUUGUUGGUCAAUGUACAGCAUGUUUAGUUCACAAUCAUCUUUAUCUUUGGGAAAAAUUUGUUUGAAAGUGUGUUAUGGUGAUUGUUGAAAUUGACUAUUUUUUGCAAGGUAACAAGAGUUGAUGGUGGGGCCCUUGAUGUGGUUUGCUAAUAAAAACAAAAGUUUGUCUUGAAAAUUAACAUAAUGGUAUAGUUUUUAGCCCAGCUAGAAGCAGCAAAAAAUCUAAUAUUUUGUCACAUGAAAUGCUCUUAAGUGACAUAUAUAUAUAUAUAUAUAUAAUUUUUAAAAAUAAUAUGCUGUAGUGUCAGCUUAAGUCUCACUUUUGAAAGCCUGGGUAUGUCAACUUAUUUCACCCAGUUUUCUCUUACUUGGGGCCGGUGAGGUAUUCGGAUUCGCUUGAUCCUGCCCAAGACUUGGACCUACUUGCCCAUGCCUGAUACAAUGCUUUCACUGCCGUUUGAUAACAUUUUCUGCUUUGACUUGUACAACCUUAGUAUUACUGACUUAAAGGGUUGUACAAAAAUUUAUUUACGUGUAAUUCUGUUUUUCUUAUUCUUUGGUCAGUAUUCAGUUGUUACAUCGUGGUUUGCUCCUUUUUUGUACUCAAACACUUAUCGUUUUUAUAUCUCUUCCUUCUUUUUUGUGUUUGUUACUCUCUUGUAACAUCUCUAAUAUACGGCUCUGUUAGGACCUAAUUAUGUUGUUGCAAGUUCUGUAAAACUCUUGCUAAAAUUAAAACAAAGGUUGGUCAAUGAUUGUUAAGAUUGGUUUUUCCUCGUCUAACUGUGCUGCACUUAAAAAUCAAAAUCCUGUUUUUCUGCUCAGAUAAGAUCUGUUUCUUUUUUUUUUUUUCUCAUUACUGUAUGAAUUUAUGUUUAGAAGUACUAGAUCUGAACAGCAUUAAAAUAUUUUCAUCAGGUUGAUAGGGGUGUGAAGUACCUGUAAUUUUUUAGAAUUGUAUAGCUGUCAGAUUGUUGCAGCCUGCUUUGGGUUUGGAGUUCUGUUUUGUAAAUGGUAUUAUUAUAGUGUAACUUCACUUUUUUGUUUUUUAUUCUGUUCUAAAUUCUAAAGUAAAAAAAUCUAUUGCACUGCAUGUUCCUCUUUGUUUUAGUUUUAGAAAGAUUGCUUUUUAAGAAAAAUUUAGUCUUAUUUUGUUAACCCUUUUUGUAAGCUGCUUUUUGUAUCAUGUACAUGUAUUUACAAUAUAGGACAAAAAUUUCAAAUAUAUGUAAAUACUAACUCGUUUGACAACAGACUUAAAUGCCAAUUUUAAAAAGUGCUUGUCUCGGGUAACAGCACGGUGUCUUUCAGGCUUACACACCACAAGACAAGGUCCAAGGUGUAACCGCAAAGGGUAUUAUCACAGAAGCUUAUGCCGUCACUUGUUUUCAAACCUAGGAUCUGACGUUUUAGAAUGUUUUGUUAUCUCUGUAAUGUCUGUAUCUGGAAGGGGAUGAAUUGUGUCAUUGUUUGUUCUGUUUUGUCUUUUUCCAUUUGGAGUUGGGUUCUCAAGGUGAUCCCACUAAAAGCUCCUCUGCUGCUUUUUUAUGUUCUGUUCCUCAUAUUUGAAAUGCUCAGGUCUAUCAUGGAUAAAAAUUCAUGAAUAAUGCAUGAUAAUAAUAAUUGUAGUUAACACCCUGUUAUUCAUUACCUCAGUGAUUUAUACCUACAUAAUGUAUAUAUUUUAUUAGUUUUGAGUUUAUUUCAAUUGAUCUUUGUUCUUCAUCAUAAUAUAUGCAUAAGCUGUAGUCUUCAGUUUUAUUUUGUGCUUCAUAAUCAUACAAUGAAAUUUGAUAUAUAUUGGAAUCUCCCUGAUGUUGUAAAUGCUGUUGACUUUGAAUGAAGAUCUGUGUAUGUUGUAUUAAAGGGAAUAUUUUGGAGCUUCCAAUGGCUGUUGAGAAUUAAUUGACUUAUAAACAUUGUGUGUAUGCAUUUUGUCAUGCUCCCAAACGCACAUGCAAAAGAGUGUCCAAACAUGCUCUGCCAGUUGAAAAUGAUGUAGACCAUGAAACUUCUGCAUUAAUAAAGCAGGUUGACCACAUUUUCAACAUUUCAUAGACAUGACCAGUCAAACCAUGGAGCUUUCGACAAUAAUUGUUUCACUUUCAUUUUCUGACACCCAACUAAAUAUACCACUUUUUCUUUCAGAAGUUUUCAAAUCUUUCGUGCUAAUUGUAAAUCAAGAAUGGAUGAAUUCAGAGCAGAAUGUUGUAUUCAAAACCCACAAGAACAGGCACGAUAAACCCUUCUCCUCAUUUAAAUUAAAUUAAAAUUAAAUUUAAAUUCUGCUUUUCCCCCCCUUCUUUCUGCCCUUUCAUUUUCUUUUCACGUGUAUCAUUUAAUUUUGUUAAACUGUAUAGUAGGUGAAUCACCUCAAAGAACGAAUGCUUUCUUUCAUAUAUUUCUGAUUGUAUCACACAUAUGACUUUGCUACCCUUUGAUAGUUUGUAUCAGGACGCCAUAGUUCUAUAUGAAAGUGGACCAAAAGUGAAGUGGCCUAUAUAUUAUCCGUUUUGCAUGCAUGAGGGUUCAAUGCUAUUAUGGGUAAAAUGACCCAAAACACAAACCAUGUUCUUUUGCAAGGGUUUUCGGUGUACACACUUGUUGUAUAUAUAACCUACUUGUACUUGUACCUACAUGAAAUAUAUAUAUUUUCAUUUAUAAACAAUGACAAUUCAAUGAAAUUUAA